GCAGUUGCCAACACCGCCCCUAGCUUUUCAUGGUAGAGACGGCUGCUUGUAGCCAAACAAGAGUUUCUUCCGUCACAAGGACCGACCACUGACUAUUCAUGACUGUCACGGGAAUCUGAACAAGACUCGACUAAAACAACGAGAGCACAGCCAUGCGGAGCUCCAGGGCUCUGUCCCCUACUGUCCUGCUGCCCAGGCUGCUGCACCCUCACACUGGCUACACCUGGGCAGGGAGGGGCCUCUGGACCUCCUCCGCCUGCAUGGCCACCAGCGGCGACUCUCCCCAGCCGCUGCCACUGCCCGCUCAGGCCCGGGUGGUGAUCUGCGGAGGAGGGGUGGUGGGCACCUCGGUGGCGUAUCACCUGGCCAAGCUGGGCUGGACCGACAUCGUCCUCCUGGAACAGGGACGACUGGGCGCCGGGACAACCAAACUAUGCGCUGGCAUCAUCAGCGUGGCCAAGCCGAUCUCCAUCGAGUGCCAGAUGGCAAAUUACUCCAUCGCUCUGUACCAGCAGCUGGAGGAGCAGACGGGCGUCAAAACAGGCUACGUGAGGACGGGCUCUUUGUGCUUGGCUCAAAAUCAGGAUCGCUUCAUCUCGCUGAAGCGCCUCGCGUCAAGACUCAAAGUGAUGGGGAUCAGCUGUAAUGUUGUCAAGCCUAAAGACGUGGCCAAGCUCCACCCGAAAGUCAACAUCCACGACCUGGUGGGGGCGCUCCAUCUGCCCGGGGACGCCGUGGUGUCGCCGCCGGACGUCAACCACGCGCUGGCCGUGGCAGCGGCCGGACAAGGCGUGCAGAUCUUGGAGCGAACCAGCGUUCAGCAGGUCCUGGUGGAGAAGGGUCACGUGACAGCUGUGGAGACGGAUCGCGGCUCCAUUGAGUGUGAAUAUUUUGUCAACUGCGCCGGACAGUGGGCGUACGAGCUGGGCCAGGCAAGCGAGACCAAAGUGUCGGUUCCCCUGCACGGCUGCGAACACUUCUACCUCCUCACCAAACCUCUCCAAGAGGCGGUCCCGGCCGACACGCCAGUGGUGAUCGACAUGGACGGCAGGAUCUACGCUCGGCCGUGGCAGGGAGGCCUGCUGUCGGGUGGCUUUGAGAAGAACCCCAAGCCCAUCUUCACGGAGGGCCGCAACCAGCUGGAGAUCCAGAACAUGCAGGAGGACUGGGACCACUUUGAGCCGAUGCUCAGCGCGCUGCUGAGGAGAAUGCCGAGCCUCGAGUCCGCCGAGAUCCUGCAGCUGGUCAACUGCCCCGAGUCCUUCACACCGGACAUGCGCUGUCUGAUGGGGGAGACGCCGGGGGUGUCCGGCUACUACGUGCUGGCCGGGAUGAACUCUUCCGGACUAACCUUUGCUGGCGGCGCUGGCAAGUACCUGGCCGAGUGGAUGACCUACGGUUACCCCACCGCCAACGUCUGGCCGCUGGACAUCAAGCGCUUCGGCAACCUGCAGAGCAGCCGCACGUUCCUGCGCCACCGAGUCAUGGAAGUCAUGCCUCUGUUGUACGAAUUGAAGGUCCCUCGCUGGGACUUCCAGACGGGGCGCCAGCUGAGGACCAGUCCGCUGUACGACCGACUGGACACGCAGGGGGCCCGCUGGAUGGAGAAACACGGCUUUGAAAGACCCAAAUAUUUUGUUCCUCCAGGGAAAGAUCUUCUGUCCCUGGACCAGAGCAAAACCUUCUACAAGCCCGACUGGUUCGACAUCGUCGGCGCCGAGGUGAAGUGCUGCAAGGAGGCGGUCUGCGUCAUCGACAUGUCGUCCUUCACCAAGUUCGAACUGACCUCCUCCGGCGGCGAGGCCCUGGAGCUGCUGCAGCACCUGUGCGCCAACGACCCGGACGUCCCGGUGGGCCACAUCGUCCACACGGGCAUGCUGAACGAGCGCGGCGGCUACGAGAACGACUGCAGCGUGGUGCGCAUCAGCAAGAACAGCUUCUUCAUCAUCUCCCCGACGGACCAGCAGGUGCACUGUUGGUACUGGAUCAAGAAGCACAUGCCCAGCGACCCACACCUCCACCUAGAGGACGUCAGCUGGAAGUACACCGCCCUGAAUCUGAUCGGACCUCGUGCCAUGGACGUCCUGGCGGAGCUUUCCUACGUCUCCAUGACGCCGGACCACUUUCCGUCCAUGUUCUGCAAGGAAAUGAGCGUGGGCUACGCUAACGGCAUCCGAGUGAUGAGCAUGACGCACACGGGCGAGCCGGGCUUCAUGCUCUACAUCCCCAUCGAGUACGCGCUGCACGUGUACAACGAGGUCAUGUCGGUGGGGCAGAAGUACGGCAUCCGCACCGCCGGCUAUUACGCCCUGCGGAGCCUCCGCAUCGAGAAGUUCUUUGCCUUCUGGGGUCAAGACUUGGACGCCUUCACCACGCCGCUGGAGUGCGGACGCGAGUUCAGGGUCAAGUUUGAUAAGGACACGGACUUCCUGGGCCGCGACGCUCUGCUGCAGCAGCGCCACGACGGCGUCUCGCGCCGCUUCGUCAUGCUGGUGCUGGAGGACCACGACACGGAGCUGGACCUGUGGCCCUGGUGGGGCGAGCCCAUCUACCGCAACGGCCACCUGGCGGGCGCCACCACCAGCAGCGCCUACAGCUACACGCUGGAGCGCCACGUCUGCCUGGGCUUCGUGUCGCCGCCGCCGGGCCCCGACGGCCUCCCCACCGCCAUCACGCCGGACUUCAUCAACCGCGGCGACUACGAGGUGGACAUCGCCGGCCAGCGCUACCCGGCCAAAGCCAAACUCUACCCCUACAGCUCGCAGUUCACGCAGCACAAGAGGCGCAAGGAGGACCUGGAGCUCAGCAACCUGCAGGGCAAGUGAUGUCCGCCGCCGCCGCCGCCGUCCCUAGAUUUAAUUUCCUUUCUUCCAAGUGCAAUACCCCACAAGGCACCAAACUUGGGUGUGCACUGAAAAGUGCCUUUGAAGGCAGCGUCCGCCAAGACAACGUCCGCGCUUUGACAUGAAGAAGCCGUGCAAAAAAAAAACGUUUGCUUUUGCCGCGUCCGUCGCUUCUUUGUCGCCUGCGGCGUGACUUCUCUUUCGAAACCGCCUUCGCUGUUUGAUGCUUUUUAGGGAAACGCCUUCAAUAUUUCACGUCCGUCACGAGUCGAAAGAAACCGCGUCCAUCUUUCGUUGGCAAAGUACGAGUAUUAAAACCAAGCCGCAAAAAAAUGUACGUCCCACUUAAUGCUACAGGGUUUUUUCUCAUAAAAUCGCUCCUUCCCCUGAGAAUGAAAACUUUUAUGGCUCAUAUUUGGAUUAGUAUUCUCUUAUAAAUCAAAGAAGAGUUGUUUUCAUUAAUUUAAUAAGUUAAGACUUUUUUCUGUAAUACUGCAAAUGUCAAGAAAUGUCUCAACGCGUCAUAACAUUGGGGGAAAAAAACACAAAUACUCGUAAUACAGUAUAAUAAAGUCAUAAAAUGACAACUUUUCUCUCAUACGUGUAAUAUUUACAUUUAAUUUAAAUCAAUAUCAUUCACUUAAAUGUUUUUAACAUUAGACAUUCUUAACAAUCUUUACAACUCUGACUGAAAUCCUGGAAAGUUACUUGCUAUAACUUGAAUUGAAUUUAACAAUGUAAUAAAAAAUGAUCUUAUGUUAUUAAUAAUAUAAUUCACAUUAAAAAAAUGUUUAACGUUAGACAUGUAUGGUGGUACAGUUCUUAAAAAUCCUUGUAACUAUGACCUAAAUCUUGGAAAAUUACUUGCUACAACUUUUAUUAAAUUAAAAAAAUAUAUUUAAAUGAUCUUAUUUCAAAAUUGUAUUAUUAAUAAUAAUAUUAUUCACAUUAAUGUGUAACAUUAGACAUGUAUGGCAGUACAAUUCUUAAAAAUAUUUGUACCUAUGACCUAAAUCUUGGAAAAUUUCUUCCUACAACUUAAAUUAAAUUUAAAAAAAAAAUCUUAUUUAUAAAUUUUAUUAAUAAUACUUAAUAUAAUUCACAUACAAAUGUGUAACAUUAGACAUGUAUGGUGGUACAGUUCUUAAAAAUCCUUGUAACAAUGAUCUAAAUCUUGGAAAAUUACUUGCUACAACUUAUAUUAAAUUAAAAAAAUAUAUUUAAAUGAUCUUAUUUCAAAAUUGUAUUAUUAAUAAUAAUAUAAUUCACAUUAAUGUGUAACAUUAGACAUGUAUGGCAGUACAAUUCUUAAAAAUAUUUGUACCUAUGACCUAAAUCUUGGAAAAUUUCUUGCUACAACUUAAAUUAAAUUUUUAAAAAAAAUCUUAUUUAUAAAUUUUAUUAAUAAUACUUAAUAUAAUUCACAUACAAAUGUGUAACAUUAGACAUGUAUGGUGGUACAGUUCUUAAAAAUCCUUGUAACUAUGACCUAAAUCUUGGAAAAUUACUUGCUACAACUUAUAUUAAAUUUAAAAAAUAUAUUUAAAUGAUCUUAUUUCAAAAUUGUAUUAUUAAUAAUAAUAUAAUUCACAUAAAUGUGUAACAUUAGACAUGUAUGGCAGUACAAUUCUUAAAAAUAUUUGUACCUAUGACCUAAAUCUUGGAAAAUUUCUUGCUACAACUUAUAUUAAAUUAAAAAAAAAAUCUUAUUUAUAAAUGUUAUUAAUAAUACUUAAUAUAAUUCACAUACAAAUGUGUAACAUUAGACAUGUAUGGUGGUACAGUUCUUAAAAAUCCUUGUAACAAUGAUCUAAAUCUUGGAAAAUUACUUGCUACACGUAUCAAAUUAAAAAUGAUACAAAAAUGUUUUAACAUUUUUUAAAUGUAAUCAGGAAUAUUAAUGAAUAUAAUUUACAUCAAAAAUAUGUAACAUUACACAUGAAUGGUCAUACAAUUCUUAAAAUUCCUAUCAAAUUUAAUUAAAAAAUUAUGUAAUAUUUAAAUUUGAAUAAAAAUAAUGAAUAUAAUUUACAGCAAAAAUGUCUAACAGACAUUUAUGGUGAUACAAUUCUUAAAAAUCCUUAAAAAUAUGACUUCAAUCUUGGAAAGUUACUUGCUACUACUUAUAUCAUUUUUUCUAAUGCAAUUAAAAAUAGUAUGUAUUCCCUUCAAAAAUGUGUUAGGUUAAACAUGUAUGGUCAUCAAUUCUUAAAAAUCCUUGUAACUAUGACUUAAAUAUUGGAAAAUAACUUGCUACAACUUAAAUUAGAAAUUGUUUUAAAAAAGUAUCAAAUGUUUUAAUAAAUUAAAAACAAUUAAUAUAUUUCACAUACAAAAUGCAUACCAUUAGACAUGAAUGUUCAUACAAUUCUUGAAAAUCCUCAAACUGACUUAAAUCUUGGAAAAUUACCUGCUGCUACUGAUAUCAAUAUUUAAAUUUAAUUUAAAAAUUCUACAUUUUUAAAAUUGAAUUAAAAAUAUUUAUAAUUGAAUAUUCCCAUCAAAAAUGUGCAACAGUAGACGUGUGGUCAAAAAUUCUUAAAAUUCCUUAAAUCUUGGAAAAUGACUUUCUGCAACUUAUAUCUAAUUAAAAAUUGUUUUAAAAAAAAUCUCAAAUUUUUAAGUUAAAUUAAAAAUGAAUAUAAUUCACAUAAAAAAUCUGCAACAUUAGACAUGUAUGGUCAUACAAUUCUUAAAAAUUCUUGAAAAUAUUACUUAAAUCUUAAAAAAAUUACUUGCUACUACUUCUUUUGAUUUAAUAAAAAAAAUAUCUAAUUUUUAUUUAAUAAAAAAAUUACAAUUACCCAAUUCUUAUACUACACAUUUAUGGUCAUGAAAUGAUUGAAUCUUGUAAUUGUACAUUUUACAACUUACACAUAAUAUUUAAAUCAAGUUAUAGUAAGACUUCAGUAAAAAUAAAUGUAAUAUUGGCAGAAAAAAAAUAUGACUUAGUUCACAAAACACUAAUUAAAUAAAAAUGACAACUUCCAAAAAUCUCUAACAUUUGACGUGAAUUAUCAUGAAAUUCAUAAAAAUCUUUGAAACUACUACUUGAAUAUCAUACAUUUUCUUGUCACAACUUUAACAAAUAAUUAUUUUUUUAAAUGUCUGUAAUAUUACACAUAUGGUUGUCUUGUUCGUAAAACAUGUAAAAAAAAAAAAGAAGGGUUUUUUUUAGAUGUUAUUGGGGGUAAAAUAUGACCUAAUUCACAUAAAUAACUUUUGUUUUGUUUAGUCAAAAACAAAAUAAAAUCUUUAAAAAAAACCAUAACAUUACAUAAUUUAGUGUCCUAAAAUGAGUUUUACUCCCACUUAAAUUUAUUCUUGUUCCAUACAAAUUAUCAGUUGAUAUUUUCAGCAACACAAAUGCAAUGUGGUGUCAGCAUUUUCAUAUCAUAUUUCAUAUUAUAUCUGUCAUAUCAGCAACGUCACUUAUUUUGUGCUGGUCAAAGGUCGCGACAAAUAAUGACAGCAAAAAAGUUGAAAAAAAAAACAAUUGACAAAGUUUGGCUUUAAUUGCGUGGAUGAAUAGGGAAGUUUUGCUUUUCUUUAUCUAGAAAAAUUACUUCUUUUCAUCCAAAAAUCUAGUUUUUUUUUAACAUAAAUAUUUAUAAGAAUUUUUUUAUUUAAUGUGCGAGGAAAGCAAAAACACAUUUUUCAUUUUUCAUGUUUCAGCAAACGACUCCGGUCGUCGUUUUCAUGCACGGUGUGCUUAUUAAGGGAUACAUUAAUCAAUGAUACUCCGU